UUAUCAAAGUUCAGUAAUGAAAUAUUUACUUUUUCAUUGUUUUUCUUAUUUCAUUGACGAAAACCGGAAUAAAGAGUCUCGUGUUUUAUGACUGUUUAGACAAAAGUAACAACUAUCUCAUAAAAGUUUUUAAAAAUACAAUAUAAAAAAUUGGAAUAUAAUUAUCAAAAUGCCAUUAGAAGCGAAAAUUGGUCCAUCUAUUUUAAAUGCAGAUUUGUGUCAACUUGAAGUUGAAUCUCAAAAGUUAAUAUCGAAUGGAGCUGAUUAUUUACAUUUAGAUGUGAUGGAUGGUCAUUUCGUCCCAAAUUUAACGUUUGGACAUCCUGUUGUUAAAUGUUUAAGAAAUAAAAUCAAAGAUGUAUUUUUUGAAACUCAUAUGAUGGUGUCAAAUCCCAAUCAAUGGAUAGAACCAAUGGCUGAUGCUGGAGUAGAUCAAUAUACAUUCCAUUAUGAAGCUCUGAAUGAAAAAGAAAGUAUUCCAGAUGUAUGUCGGAAAAUUCGUGAGAACGGAAUGAAAGUUGGAAUCGGUUUAAAACCUAAAACUCCAGUCAAUGUUAUAGAGGAAUUUAUACCAUUAGUUGAUCUAGUAUUAAUUAUGACCGUUGAACCGGGAUUCGGUGGUCAAGCAUUUAUGGAAGGCAUGAUGCAGAAAGUCAAGUGGUUGAGAGAUAAUUAUCCAGAGUUAAAUAUUGAAGUUGAUGGUGGAGUUGGACCUAAAACUAUCAGUUCUUGUGCAGAAGCUGGAGCCAAUUGGAUUGUUUCAGGUACAGGAAUUAUUCAGGCCCCUAAUCAAAAACAAGUUAUAAGAGAAUUGAAAACAGCUGUUGAGAGUUCUUUCAAAAAAUUAUAUCGAUGAAAUUUUUUUUUAACCUAUAACAGACAUCAACAACGCUGAAAGAUUUGCAAAUUGGUUUGAAGUUAAUAUAGAAUAGUAUAUGUAUUGUAUACAUAUAAUAUUAUAAAGUAUGGGUUAAAUAUUUGAUAUUUUGAAUCGGCGUGGUUUAGUUUCUAUUUAACCAUUGUUUAAUUUAAUUUGUAGUUGUAAAUUAAAGCUUUUUGAAAAUUGUAGAAGAUAAAUUUUUAUUACUUUUUCAAUACAGAUAGAUUUUUAUAAAGUUGUUUAAAAAUGUUUUAAUAUUAAAAUCCUGUAAAUGAUUAGUCUUUUUAAUUUUUAAAUGUAAAAUAUUUCAACAAAGAAACUACAUACAUAUAACAAAGUAUGGUUUUAAGUGCGAAAAAAUUCGUCCAUUCAUCACUGUGCUGAGUUUUUAUUAAAAAAAGAGAAAAUUUAGCAAAUUUUAUUAGCUUGUUUUGUUUAUUAAAUUCGUCUUUGUAACAUUCCUCACUCGUAUUUAAAAUUCCAAUUAAGAGUUUAUUUAGAAAGUAUACUUUCUUCCAAAGUGGUUGCGGUUGUUAAUUUCCGAUCCAUGCUAAAUAAUAAAAUAUAAAAUUAUUUUAACAA